CCAUUCCUCUUCCCACCGCAGGUGACAGCCCCUAGCUUCCAGUCUUCCCCACUCUGAGUGCUCCCCUCAACUCAGAGACUAAAUGCAACUGGACCAGGGGGCUUGUGGGUAUGAAGUGGCUGGGCCAAUCCAAGAGCAUGGUGUUGAAUGGCAGCAGGUACUCCACCAGUGAGCAGCAGCCCGUGAGCCAGAGCCAGACCCGUUCCCAGCAGCAGCUACACCCACAGAGGAGCUCUCUCCGACCAGGGACUGGCAGCAGGAGAUGUAGCCGCCGGUUCAGUGCGGCCAGCCUGGAGGCGGAGCGACGUUGUAUCCCGUCCUCUGGGAUGACCGCCAAGGAGCUGUGUGAGCACGAUGACCUCACCACCAGCCUCAUCCUCGACCCUUACCUGGGCUUCCAGACACACAAGAUGAACACCAGGUUUCGACCAAUCAAGGGAAGACAGGAAGAGCUGAAGGAGAUUAUUGAGCGGUUCAAGAAGCAUGACAACCUGGAGAAGGCUUUCAGAGCACUCACCUCUGGAGACUGGUCCAGACACCACUUCCUACACAAGUCUAAAGCCCAGGAGAAGCUCUUCAAACAGCAUGUAUUUGUGUAUCUCCGGAUGUUUGCGACUGACAGUGGGUUUGAGAUUCUCCCGUGUAACCGCUACUCCUCAGAGCAGAACGGAGCCAAGAUCGUGGCAACAAAGGAAUGGAAAAGGAACGAUAAGAUAGAGUACUUGGUGGGCUGCAUCGCCGAGCUGUCGGAGAGCGAGGAGAACAUGUUGCUGCGUCACGGGGAGAAUGACUUCAGUGUCAUGUACUCAACACGCAAGAACUGUGCUCAGCUGUGGCUGGGGCCUGCAGCCUUCAUCAACCACGAUUGCCGGCCAAAUUGCAAGUUUGUGUCGACGGGUCGUGACACGGCCUGUGUCAAGGUGCUAAGGGACAUCGAACCAGGAGAGGAGAUCUCCUGUUACUACGGCGAUGGAUUCUUUGGGGAGAACAAUGAAUAUUGUGAAUGCUAUACGUGUGAACGACGUCUCACUGGCGCUUUCAAAUCCAAAGCCGGGCUGCCGGCGGAGGCUCCGGUGAUCAACAGCAAGUACGGGUUACGGGAGACGGACAAGCGUCUGAACCGGCUGAAGAAGAUGGAGGCAGGAGAGGGCAGCAGGAACUCCGACAGCCACUCUGUGGGCUCCCACACCGACAUAGACUCUCAGGACAUACCAAACACACACACAUCUGGAAGGAACAGGACUUCCUCCAGUAUGAAAUUCAGCAGAACCAGGACUCAAAGCAGACAGUCUCUUUCCAGAGCACUAACCUCUACCUCACCUUCUAAACAAAGUCAUAGAAACACUAACAGGGUACCAAAGAGACUCCGAUCCAAACCCGCCAAGCCUUCGCUCUCCAAGGUGCGGUUGCGAAGUAGAUGCAGCAGGGGCAGAGGUUCGGAGCCCAAGGCGGCAGCAUCGUUAGGGGCCCGAGGGGAGGUGCUGGGUACCACCGGGCCUGGUCGCCUGGGUCUCCGCGAGCCCAGUACGUUGUCGCUGUGUAAAGGGGGCGUGUCGGUGAAGAAGGAUGCACCAGUCCAGACAGCCCUGGGCCAACGGGGGUGUCUGACCCGCCAUGCGGCCAAGGAAAACAGCACCCCGGCAGUCUGCGAGGGCAGCCAGAGCCAGCCUUGCACUUACAGGACUCGCAGGUCCACCAGGACCCUGGUAAAGGUCCAGGAGACUGUAGCCGGGUCAGCUGGGGUUAAACUGGAGCCUGGGGGGAUGGAGGGCCACAGCACCGUCCCUGGAGGGGUGGAGAUUAAAACUGAGCCUGCUGACCUGGAGCAGUACCUGGGCCACGGGCUGGGCUCGGAGCUGGGUGGAGGUCUGGAUGCCGGCUACACAAGCAGAGGGGUCUGUACCAGACGCAGCCAGCUCACCCAGCUCCGGCCCGAACGGACGAUAAAGCGCGAGGACUCGUCAUACGGCGAGCUGUUCACACCGGUAGCGGUGGCCCCGGUGGCGGCCUCCCAACAACCCCGUCACCACCACAGUACUGCCGACACGGCGGACUGCGACAGGAUGCUGCUGGGCCUCUCUGUCCCAGAGCGCCACUGGGACCACAAUGGGAGCGAGCCUCUCCGGAGGGAGCGGGGGAAGGACAGGAACAGGGACAAGGGGAGGGAGAAACGCAGUCGGCAUAAAGGGAAGGGAGGUUACCGGAGCCACAGGGGGGACAGGGCGCAGAGCAAAGGGAAGAAGAAACAGCGGAUCACGCGCUACGAUGCCCAGCUGAUCCUGGAGAACAGCGGAGGGAUCCCCAAACUGACGCUCCGCCGGCGCAGAGACAGCAGCAGCAGCAAGACCAACGAGCCCAGCGAGCCAAUCAGCACGCAGCAACAGGCGAGCAGCACCACGACUACACCGCAGCCUACCGCCCAACCCCCGGUCAACUCCUCUUCGUCAUCUUCCUCCUCUUCCUCCUCAUCAACGUCCAAGAUCAGCAUCAUGUUCAGGAAGGACCCGUCUCAGGACAGGGAGAACGGCAGUUCCUGCAGCUCCUACCACGUGUCCAAGCUGAACGGGUUUGGGCCUCCCGGACUCCACAGCACCAGCAGCUCCACCAAGCUGAAGAUCCAGCUGAAGAGGGAGGACGACGGCCGGACCCAGACGCACACCGACAACAGCACCUUCAACAGAGGGGACACGGAGGGGUGCGGUCUGGGUGGUGGGGCCUUCGGCCUGGAAGCCAGGAACGGUGGGAGACACAGGGGGCACAGGGUGCAAAACGUUGUGGUAGACGAGUCUUCGUCUGAGGAAGAGGAAGAGGAGGAGGAUGACGAUGACUACUUUGACGAUGAGUUUGAGGACGAUUUCAUUCCACUCCCGCCGGCGAAACGGUUGCGUCUCAUCGUGGGGAAAGACUCAAUAGACAUCGAUAUCUCGUCCCGGAGGAGAGAGGACCAGUCUCUGAGGCUAAACGCCUGAUAAGCUCUCUGAAUGGAGGUCGUAACUGCGUCCCAAAUGUCAAACUGUUCCCUAUUCAGUGCACUACUUUGUAUGUGGUAAAAAAAAAAAGUAGUGCACUAGGUAGGGAAUAUAGGGUGUCAUUUGGGACGCAGCCCAUCACUCCACCUUUACAUGUACAGAAAACACUUGACUCACUAAUCAACUGUCCUGUUGAUGACGUUUAAAGAAGUACAGUCGUUUAAAAAAACAAAAAAGUUGCAACAACAAAAAACAACAAAGUGAAUCAGAAGGAAGAUGUUUGUAUAAAUGAAAGUGAAUGCACUUCUGUCAUGAUUAAUAUUCAUAAUGAACAUGAAUAUUGUAGAAGGUGUACAGAUAUUAUGGUGACUAUCCUCUGUCCUAUAGACAGACUUAUUGAACUUUUUUAUUUUAGAUUUUGUCUCACUCUAAAUUCUGUUGGCAAACCAGACUUUUUGUUGUUUAUUUUUAAUUUUUUGUUUGUUGUAAAACCCAUAUUAUAUGGGGAUAUGGGUCCAGUACCGUUCUGAUAGGGAUCAAUCCGUUCAGUUGUAGAAUAAUGACAGGUUUCUAUAACCGUUCAACUCAUGAAUGAACUCAGUCCCACCAACACACUGGAAUCAUAGUGGACUUCUAUCAGCUGCUCGUCAAGGUUGGGCUCCAUUCCAAUUCAGGAAACAAACAGGAAUUCUCAAUUGGAAUCGGAACUUCUUUGUCUGAAUUGAAAUGGAAUUGAGCCCAACCGUGCUCCUCCUGUUCAAACAAAGUGGCUGUGUUUUGUUAUUCUCUAAGAGAACGUUGACUCUGGCUGCAAUAUCCCAACGUGUUAAAGCUCACACAGUACUGUUUACAGCAUGAUGGGUAAUGGGUCGUUGACAAGCCAACAAAUGGACCAAUGUUUUUUUGGUAGUUUUUAAGCUUCAUUUCUCAUUUCUGGAGCCUCUGAUGGUUUUGACUAGAUCGUAUACAGCUACAGACAGAAUUGACUUCCUAGCAGGUUAGGAAUAUUAGGUUAAGGUUAGGAAAAGGGUUGUUGGGGUUAGCUGAAAUGCUAAUAUUCUACCCGAUUCCAUAACGUGCAACUUUUUUUUUUACCGUUGCUGUAUACCAGGGGUGUCAAACUCAUUCCAUGGAGGGCCUAGUGUCUGCUGGUUGUUCCUUUAAGACCUAGACAACCAGGUGAGGGGAGUUCCUUACUAAUUGGGGACCUUGAUUCAUCAAUCGAGUACCAAGUGAGGAGCGAAAACCUGCAGACGCUCAGCCCUCCGUGGAACACAUGCUGCAUACCGUCUAGCCACAAGUGGUGGUUUAACGUUUUAAACACUAAUCAGUGAAAUACAUGGCGUGUGCGUACGGAUGUCUGUAUGCUGUUUUUAAACACGUCAUCAGGAAGUAACACAAAGAAGACAAGAAGUCAUGUACAGAAAGACUGAAUCGUGUUCUGGAAACGAGCUAAAACUCACGAAAGUAUUAAUUGUUGUUUUUCUUAGAUCCAAUCAUACGUAGUGAACACAUGACAACUUUAUAGAAUAUUAUUCCAACGAAAUAGUCAGUCAUUUUCAAAACAGCAUUAGGUGCCUUACAAACAACUCUUGGGGUAUCUGUUUAAGGCCUAGUUUUAGAAAGAAAGAUGAACAGAAGGUUAACUGUAACUACGGGAUCCCUCGGUAACGGUAACUACGGGAUCCCUCGGUAACGGUAACUACGGGAUCCCUCGGUAACGGUAACUACGGGAACACUUUCUUGCCCCGCCCCCCCAGUCUUUCUGUAUAUCUUUUUAUUUUGAGUUAUUUUAGGGCUGGUUUCCCAGACAUAUUUGAGACUAGUCUCAAACUACCAAGCUAUUUCAAUAGAGAUUCUCCAUUGAUCAUGUUUUUUAGUCUUUAAUCCUUGUCUGGGAAACCAGUCUUUUAGUGUGGAAGUACUGAACUGCCAAAUUUAAUCAAGGGAUCAACUGAGAUGAAUGUUAACCCCACUUUGUGUUGUCCUGUACUGUUCAUAUCACCAGCAAGCAGCUAAUCACAGGUAUAAACAAGGGUUGUGUUCAUUUAGGCACAAAAAGGAGAGGGGGGGGGGGGGAGCUUCACUGAAAUAAGAGGGGGUUUCCUGGACUUGUCCAAUAAGAAAUUGUCACUUUUUUUUUCUUUUUCUGUUGCAAAACAUUUUCUGUUGUGUGCCCUAAUGAACACAACCCUGGCUAUACGUGUACCUCCCCCCUGUCUGGCCGUCAGUCACUCUCCAUUCUGUACUGUUCCAGGUGUACUGUCUGCUCUUUGUUCAUUGGCCAGCUGUCGACAUUUCUGAUUUGAUGAAACUCAACAAGGAAGGAAUGUGAAUAGUUGGCAGACAUUUGAGUGUUUCGUGGGUUAGUGGCGGAAAAACACUCUUCAAACAGAACUUUAAAUGCUUUUAUGUCCAGUAUGUAAGAAAAUCACGUGAACACACCCUCUACUUUAUUUAACCGUUUUGGAAUACUUGAAAACAUAAAAAGUUUCUUUGUGAGAAUAAACUAUUUUUCUGUGGUUAA